AUGGUAAGAUAUAUUGAUCUGGCACUCACGCCGGAAGAGCUUUGCAAUCGUAUUCCGAAUUGGUCUCUUGAAUCGGACGGCCAACUGUUGCAGUACAUGGUUUCGAUCGCGAAGAACGUCGAAGACUUGUGCACCAAAACAAGGGAAAAUUUGGACAGCUUGAUGCUAAAUGUAAAACACUCGGAACUGGCAUUAGCGAACGCAACGAAUCAGUUUUCUGCAGUGGAACAGGUGAAGUUUGUUGAAAAUCGCGUCGAAGAAGACGAUGAAAGUUUCUACGGAUUGCGGCGGCGCCGUCAGCAAGUAGAUGAACCGCGCAAGGAAGCAGAACAGGAGCAAGUCGACGAACGGACACUAGACGAUCUGAUCCAGGUAGCAGUGGAACGAUCUACAGAACGAAUGUAUGAAUCGUACGAUAAAUUUCUGCUCCCACUAUCGGACACUGAAUCGAGCGAUGGGGAUUAUCCGCCACCUGCUAGGCGAACGUUAAUGCAAGCGUUACCAGCACCGUACGAUACGGAUCGACGCUUGCCGUUUGUGAUUGGCACGCAAAAAUGGCAAGACAGUUGGCACGUAGGAUUGAACGAAGGAUACGAAUGCAAUUCGGAUCGAAAGGAGGAGUACUCUGACUCACCGAGUGAAACAGAUGACGGAGGAAUGUUUCCAUCUCAACCGAACAGCAAGCAGCACACUCCGUCCGAAUCGGAAAGUUCGAUCUGGGGUACGGAAGGUCGGAAACGGGCACCUUCCCUCGAUCCCAGCAUCACAGGGGACGAUGGAUCAUCCAUUUACUCGUUUGCUAGUUCGUCGAAGGUUCCUCGUACGUUGCCAACCAAGCAAGUCGUGGUUGGAAGGCCGGAGAAUUCCAGGCUGAAACCUCCAAGCUUAUUCCCGGAAGAAUCUCCUCCAGAAGAUGGCCGGCCAUCGAAGAGUGAACGUGGACUGUUUGAUGAUUCUCCGGAGGUGGAUGAAUCAAUGCCAACACCAACACCACAGCCACGACAAACAGUGCCGGUAAAUGACACGACAAAGGCCUUCUUUAAAGGCAACACUCAACCAGCUGCGCGAAAGUUAGUUAACCUGUUCGAUGAUGAACCACCGGAACCGUUGCAAGACCCGUCAGUGUUACCGGAACGAAAGAAAACUAUCAACCUCUUUAUCGAGAGUGACGAUGAUGAGGAGGAAGUUCGGGAAAAUGUUCGCAACAAUAAUCGUGCACCGACGAUCGACCAGAAACAACCGAUAAUGAAACAGGUAUCAAAAAAUCGAGGAUCGGCACUAACGAAUCCUAAACCUAUGCCUGAAUUAAUUGAUGAACUUAACAACAAUUUGCGAAAACAACAUGAACCUUCUGCUGGGUCAGAGCUGUCGCGAGUUGUUUCUACGGAAGGCAAUCGACAUCGUCCAACAGUAAAUAAUCAACGGCCUGAAACGAAUCUAUUCGACGAUGAACCUCCGGUAGAUACUUUCGAUCAGUUGUUUAAUGCGGCAAAGCCUUCCAUUAAGCCAACUGUUCGACCAGUAGACACGCCAGCACCACAGGUGACCACAAGUGGAUUAAGGGAUAAAAUAAUCGUUAAUCUAUUCGCGGAAGAUGACGAGGACGAUUAUGGCGGUAUUGUGGUGGGUAGCAAUGAAACGAAGCCGCAACCAAAAUCUCCCCAACAAGGAACACAAAAUAUGUCUGGUCGUAUAAUGCUACCUAAACCGGCAGACCGGUUGCCCGUGGGAAAGAAGAAAUCUAUCUUUGAUGAAUCGGAAUCUGAGGAGGAUACUGAGGCUGUUUUGUUUGGAGGUUCCGGAGAUGUGAAGCCGGUUGCAACAAAACCAAAUGCUACACCAAAAGUGAUCAAAUCUAUCUUCAGUGAUAGCUCCGAAGCGGAAGAUGACGAUGAUGAGGCGCUGUUUGGCAAAUCCUCAAAUAUCUUGAAGAACAAACUAGAUGCAUUGAAACGAAAUGUUGGUACAGCGGGAGCACAUACCGAACAAAUUCCCCCGAUGAAGACGGAAAACAACCUUCCGAGCAAAAGUAAAUCACUGUUUGAUGAAGAUUCCGACAGUGACCAACUUGUCCCAAAUGAUCAACCAUUGGUCGGAAGCUUAUCAAAACCAGCUGCAGUGUUGGAGCCUGUUAAAACUACGAAAAACGCUCCGAGAGUAUCUUUAUUUGAUGAUGAACCACCGUCUGACGAUGAAGAUGCACUGUUUGGCAAAAGUACUACAAGUAAAGCUAUUCCGCAAUCUCGUUUGAAUCGUGUGGAAGAUAAACCGAACAAAGCAGUUGUCUUAGACAAACCAAAAUCGGAAGAAUCUGAUACUCGGAAUAAUGAAGUUCCACAGCAACCUGCUUCAAACGAUGAACUUUUUGCCGGCGUUCAAUCUCAUGAAAGCGUUCCCAAACAGUCACCGGAAUCGAUCAAAUCUCAACCCCCUCCAAAAGAAGCUGUCGUCGAUCCAAUUAAUAUACGAAGCUUGAUAUUGAAGAAAUCCAUUUUCAGUUCGGAUUCGGAAAGCGAAGAGGAUGAUUCUAUUUUCGAUAGCGUACCAAAAAGUGCGGCAAUUAUGAAGAAUACAACGACUUCACCGGAGACUAAUGUAAUGGUAGGCGACAAGGAAAUAUCCGUGGCACAGGAAGAAUCGAGUCAGAUGCACGAUACACCAUCCAACGUGGUACCAUCAAUUGAGAUAAAAGCAAAUGUUGAAGAUGAUACAAAAACGAAUGAUUGGCAAAACGAAGAAAAUCCUUCACAAUCCAUAAAAAACUCCGUACAGGAAGAGUGUAAUGACGAAGUUCAAAUCGAGUCAGCCGAUCCAAUUCCAUUCGAGGCAUCGACGUCUAAGAGCGGUAACGAACUUUCCCGCGAUGGUAGGACGAAUAGUAUUGAAGAAAAGGAUGAAUUGCCUCAAACCGAACCAUGUGAUGAAGUGCAAAACUCUACAGCAACUUUAGUAAUUGCAAUUCCCAGUAAUAAUGUUCUCGUGGAUACCGAUCGUAAUGAAGUCUUUGUGGAUGAAAGAGCAGUGAAUUUGGAAAAGAAUCACAUCGAACCAACCGAAAUUGAAGAAAAGUCACACGGAGGAGAUGAAUCGAGUACGGGAAUGAUGAUAGCAAACGAUAUAGAUUAUUAUCUGCACACGAAUGAAACUACUAAAGACGAGAGUAGUAAACCGGCUAUAGCUGGAUCAGUAAUUGAGCAACCACCACCAACAGCACCUCUGACGCCUCCUUCAGCAAAGUCUGAACCAAAAAGUGCCUUAACAUUCAGCCCGAUUGGUUUGUUCGAUGACGUGCCACCACCGGAUGAUGGUGACGAAACGGACGAUGCGACACAACAUCGACAACACCCGCAUAACACCGUAUCCGGUGAGCCAGUGUUGCCAUCGAUCAUGGACGAUACAGCUAGCUACCCAACAGAAUCACAAUCGCUUAAUUUCAUACCGAAUAGUGGAGCUGGUGGCAACCGUUCACGGUAUCUCUUUGACGAUGAACCACCACCGGAUGAAGCAGAUAACGCCAGGACAAAGUCUAAUUUUGAUGAUCCGUCGGCCGGUCGGAUGGGUAGCUCAGUUAAUAAAGGCCUGUUUGAUAACGUCGCUCCUGCCUCGUUACCACCGAUGGUGGAGGACAGCAAUCGUGUAGAUUCCAUCAAACCUGGCCGUCUAAAGAUUAACAAAUUGAACACCAAAAUAACUAUCAACGUUGCAGCCCUACUGCCCGGCGCAAGAAGAUCGACCGGUAAUGCUAGUAGUUCACCGGAGAAGGUCUUCAAUGAUGUGAAUAAUGAUGCGACCACUGCUGAUCAUAAGAAAUCGGCACAGUCCGGAGAUGUGUCAACUAGUGAAAAAUUAACAAGCUUAAACAAGGGCAGAGCAAGAAUACCUACGAAACGCAAACCUCCUUCUCGGCAUAACCUGCGCGCAGGAACAGGAAGUUCGUCCGUGCUUGAUUCCCCCAGCGCAGAAGAACAUAUCCAAAACGAUGUUAAGAAACCAACGGCAGAUGAUCGUAUUGUCGUUGGAUCGGAAGGCAAAAUAGAGCACAUUGAAGCCGGGCUACCGCAAACGAAUUUCCCACCACAGAAUCAUCUAUCUUCGCCGCCCAAAGUGGUACAGCAAAGCGUACAGAAGCGUAAUAAUGACCCAUUCGUUGAUCGUUUGAGUGCGAGUGUGCGAAACCCAACGAAACGAUCGGUGCUACCUGAUGGUACUGAAGGUGCUAAGACGGUGCCAGUCGUUUCGGUUCAGAAAACAACGGCAAAGCCAUCGACCAAAUCCAUUUUUGACGAUAGUGAUAGUAACGAUGAGGAUAACGAUGUGUUCUCCAGCAAAUUACCUUCCAAGGCGGUUCCUGUAAAGAAACCAGCUCCGGUACAAGAAGCAGCGACCAAACUACAGCCAACUAAUGUUGGUAGCCGAAGCAUUUUCGUUUCCGAUGAUGAAGACGACACUGUUGCUAACGGUGAAGCUGAUCUUUUUGGUACGAAAGUAUCGUCCAUUGCUGGCCAGCUAAAGUCUAAAGGUGUAGAUGCGGUUGCGUCGCGUGCGGGACCUAAAACGGAACGGAAGGGUCUGUUCGACGAUGACGAUGAUGGCAGUGACGAUGAUGAUGAUCUGUUCGGGAGUAAAUCCAGAACUACCUCCAAAGUUAACACCCAUCAGCCGCAAUUGGAUCAAACAAAGGCGGUAAGUAGAUCCGUUCCAAUCAUAACUAGACCUCUUACGACCACCACUCAAACGGGUGAUGAUCCGUUGGCAGAUUUGUUAGCCGAUUCGUGAAACACGGUACAUCCACGGCAGCCGGGUAUGAAACGAUUGAGAAUUCGCUUAAUUCCCGCUGUCUCCGGGGUUUCGAGUUUUUUGGUAUUAUUAGGUGAAUAUGCAAUUUAUAACAUAUAACGGCAAGAAUAAUUGAACAAAACAGCGCGUGUUUUUUUUUGCUAUGAAGGGUGUGGUUGGAGCGGCAUUAAGUAUGUACUCCCACAAACCAUGAUCAUUAUUGUUAACUGCCUACCGCUUAUGCUAUUGUUAUCUAGUCAGAUAAAGGAAAUUGAACUUGCAUGAAGCAUGUAUAUCCAUUUAUUUAGCCUCCCCUUUCAAUUCUAAGUUCCGGCACCGGUGUAAGAAGGCUUUUCUCCCAAGUACAUCAAAUCACAUUCCACAUCUUCGGAGAUGUCUAACAUACAAUUUCAUCGAAACAAUGCACAUUAAAUGUGAGGUAGCGAGUGAUCGAUAUAAAAAAGAGGAAUUUAUUAGCUAAAACUGUGCAUCUAUUCCAUUGUUUGUUGUUCAGAUUUGUAGAAGUUAUGUUUUGUUUCUUUAUACUCCAAUGUAGCAUAAAAUCCACCAAUUCCUUUUGUUGGGAUAAAUAAUGCACUCGGGCGCGCACAGGACGGGUGUGAGAAGUUGUUAACCAAAUUUUAUUGUAUAAAAAAGCAAAGAUAUAGCAGAAGCGGAAAAGGAGUAGAAAAUGAAACACAAUAAGUAAAAUAAAUCAAUUAUCUAGAUAUAUAGUAAUGUUUAACAAAGAUCCUUGUAUAGCUUUAGAAAAAUAGAAUUAACUAGUGUUGGGUGAAUCUGAUCUGGUUUUAUGAGUCUUUGAACCGAAUGAAAGGCUCCAAAUCGUUAUUCUAAAGAUUCAAGAACCAUCAAAGAUCGCAACAUGAUUGUUAAGAUUCAUUAAUAAGCUCAACAGUGGAAG